GUCGCGGUUGUGAUAUGGCGCUUCAAGCUCUGUACCGCCUGCGAUGGCAUAUUUCCAGCGCUGUAUCCCGGUCCUCGUCGGAUAGGAUUGGAAAAUGUGCAGAGAAUGGAGUAGGGGGAACUCAUUCAGUACGAUGAUUGAAUGGAGCAAGCAGCUGCCACUUCACUGAUGCGGCUUCACUCUAAAAGAUGCGGAAUUUGACGCCCAACGUCAUCUGUGGAACCCCACGAUGUUGGCGAAUGGCUGGCGCAAAUCGACGGGAGGGGCUGGCUGGUUUUCGGGUGGUUUCGUGAACCACACGGCCACAACCUUGGCUUGGAGAUGGGGUUUCGUGCAGGACAGGCGGAUUACGCCGGCCAUGACUCAGACAGACUCAUGCAUCGUCGUUCAUGGUUUGUGGGGAUCAUCUCAUUCGAGGGUUGACCCAUAAUAUGUGCUUCUGAGAUGAAGAAAGACAAGAAUCUGAGUAGGCAGGAGGUUGAGUACAAGCAAAAAUCGGGUACGGCAUGGAGUCAUUCCUAUCUGAACCAGAAGCCAUGGCAUCCUUUAUCCUACCCGAAUCAGAGGCGCAAAUGGAUUGCAGAGCAGACUCAUGCACAGCGCGAGCAGCAAGUUGCGGAUGUUGCCCGCGAGUUUGCGCAGGAACAGGAAUUUUUUCGACAGACGGCGCAAAUGACGAAAAAGGAAAAGGAGAAGAUGGAGCAACUGCAAGCUGUGAGCUUCAUGUACAUCAGACCUCCAGGCUACAACGCAGAGGCCGCACGAGCUGCAGAAAUUGCGGAUGAAAGGAAGAAGCUGGGUUUAACCACAAGCUCGUCCGGUGCGCCCGAUCAGGGAGCUGCACAGGGAAAUGCGAGCACUAGUGGAAAAGAAGGUGCGAAGGCCCGUGUCAAGGAUGUUUUCGGCAGGACUCUCCCCACCGAGGAGGAAUUCCCCGCUUUGAAGAAUGCUCCGAGACUGGAGACGGGUGCUCCCGUUCGAUUAAAGCCAUUUGCAAUCGAAAUCCGGAACGUCAUGUGUGCAAGAUGUGGAGCUUUCGGGCAUCAAAGUGGGGACCGAGAGUGCUCAUUGAAGGAUAUAUUGAUGCCGAACGAAGAGGACCGCCUGAAGCGGGAGGAUCCCUUGAAUGUCAUACUGGCCCAAACGGCAUCCGGUGAGCCUCUCAAGUGGGAACUGAAGCAGCAGCCUGGAGGGUUGAGUCCGGCCAGGGGUGGAUUCAGGCCUGAUGAUCCCAACCAGCAAAUCAUCCCAGAUGAAGAUAUAUACGAUGAAUAUGGAGGGUUUCUAGCAGGCGAGGGUGAGGACGAAGGGCUCAGUAUCCCGAAUGUUCUAGCCUCCCUCUCGAAGGAGCAACGGAGAGAGCUGACAGAUCCGAAUAUCGACGUCAAGGAUAAGAAGCGGCCCAAGAAGAAGAAGAAGAAGAAGCACAGACACGGGGAGAAGCACGACAACAGUGACGAGGGGCAGAUCAGGCAAAGCAAUCGAGACAGGAGAAGGUCUGCCAAGCAUGAACAUGAUCUCAAAGCAGAGCCUCCUUCCCCUUUAAGGAGUGAGGACGAGGAGAACGGGAUGAAUCACAGCAAUGGUGAGGAGCAGAGGAGGAGGCAUAGGGAGAAGAGAAGACGGGCCAUUCGUGGCAGUAGGCGGCGAAAGGAAGAAUCUUCUCCCGAGAGUGAUUACGAGAAGAAAGUACACAGCAGCGACGACGAGGACCAGAGAAGGAAGAUGCGUCGGGACAAGAAAAGCGUCUCUAAAACCGACGGUGCUCGAAAAAGAGAACGGACCUCCGAUGGUAGUGGCGAUGAGCAGAGAAGGCACGGCACUCACGCGGACCAGAGAGGCCGAAGGCGCCGGACAAGGAAACACUCAAAUCGAAGCGAUAGCGAUAACAAGCGAGAGGUUUACUCUGAUAGUAGUGACUACAGUCCUAGCAGCGACGAGUAUCAAAGAAGGAAAAGGCAUUUGCGGAAGAGAAGGGCAGGUAAACGCGAAGAUAGGCGGAAGACAAAGGCUUUUUCUGACGAGAGUGACGAGGAUGAGGAUUUAGGAAGGAAAAAGCAUAGGGACAUGAGUAGGGUCGAUAGAAGUGACGGGAGCCUGAAAGUAAAGCUCAGUCCUGAUGAUGGCGAGGAGGAUCAAAGAAGGAAAUUCAAGUAUAGCGAUCGUAAGAAGUUGAGGAAGGGAGACCCGAGGAAAACAGUUAGGAAUGAGCGUGGUGGUAGGAAAGACGGUUCCUCUGGCGAGAGUGACGAUGAUCAGGGCAUGAGCAGUAGUGAUGAGGAAAAGAGAAGGCAACGGCGGAGAGAGAGGAAGAUGUCUAGAAUUGAAAGUCGGAACAAGAGAUAGUUACAGCGAUCUCGUUCUUGUCAAGACGAUCAGUGUAGGCCAAGAGAAGGAAGGAUAACAUUCUUUACUUGUCGCCCUUGGCUGGAAGUUUGGCUGGAAGUUCGAACGAUUGGCGACGAGGGCACUGUAGAACUAGCAACUGUGAUUUUCAAGAGAAGCUCAGCCCUUUCUUCACUUGAACUGCUGUACAGGUGGAGCUGCGUCUGGCAGGUCUUGAGAAAGGCUGCGUUUGAACAAACUCUAUCGCUGUGAAUGAGCCUUAAAUUGAUCUUGCUGAAAUUAUUUCCAACCGCCUUCAAUCCGGAAUAUCAAGAUCAGUCUCGACAGAAGGGAAGUAAGCUCAAGUCAUGGAAACCAGCACUCUCAUGAGACUUCUACAAGGAGGCAUGGGAAACUUCUACGGCCUAAUGAUGAGAUGUUCAUCGUCGUAACUUGUUACUGUGUUGCGGGUCAAGAAUCAAGAAGCGGGAGUGCUUCAAGAGGCUUUUAUGAUGUUUACCGUAGUUACGGUUCCUCUCCAUCGACCAGGGAAGAGCUUCCUUCGAUGCAGAUGCUACAGUAUGGUUACAAAGGUGGUGACUUCGAAAGGAAUAUGGCUCUGGUAUGGGAAGACGAGGAAGUUUUGUGUGGCAUUUGACCAAUAGUGUUUCGGGAUACUUGCUAGAAAAGCAGGAAAAUUAUCAUCAAAAGGACGAUACAAAAUGCCUAUAUUCUACACGUUAUAUUUAGAUCGAAUGUCAUAAUGAUACAACCUGUACCCCGUGGUUUUCUGGAGUGCUAUCGCCCAGCCCAGAUUCAACGACCGUCUGGAUGUUGCAACUUUUCCUGAAUUCCCUUUUGUAUAUGCCCAAGGAAGGAGCUUACUGCUCCUUUUCUGGAAUUGUCUAGUCAUAUGGAUCGCCGCCAUGGAUUUCAUUCUGUGAACUGCAGUACAGCCAAGCUGAUGUUCAAUUCUACGCAUUCCUUACGUCCUGCAUUAGUACUCUGAAAUACGAAUCAAGAAUCUGAAAUCAUUCACUGUAAUAAUCAAGACGAUCUCAUGAGACAGAGCUGGUGCGUACCCUCUAGUGGAUGGACCUCCUGGAGAGUAUGCCGAGCCCGUUGACAUGUGGACGAAAUAAGUCAUUGUGCUCGAUAAGAGACACAUUUGUCGUGU